UCUCGGCGCGAAGAAUUGCAGAAAUGUGAGGAAAAUUUUCAUCGGCUUCAUCCUUGUUAGUUGUUUGACUUGAAAUUUUGACUAAUUGCGCUCGUAAAGGACCUCUUCAAAGGUAUUGUUGAUUUCUUUUCCAAGCAACACAAGACAGUUCCUCUUUCUUUUGUCGAAAUUCCCAAGAUUCGAAAUCUGAAGUGAAGAUGUCGUAUUCAAGCAACCAGAAGGGUGUGAUGCUUGUCUCUGUCCCAAAACCCAGUGAUUUAUGGUACGUCCAGGCUCAACAGACGGGGACUCGGGCUCCAAAGAAUACAUACAGCUCAAAUCAUUUCUUUGCCGUCAUGAAAUGCAGAACGCUCAUUCAUGCCGAUCCUUUACUGAUGGCAGCUCCCGUCAUUGGAAAAACAAAUCAAAUUCAUAUCAUCUGCACUAAAGAAUUUUACAAUGAGGGCAAACUUCAAACAUUACUGGCUUUUCUUAGUUUAUCCGACAACCCACCACUUCCAGUUCGCCAAGAAAUUUACGAGGCCUGUCUCCGGUACACCAUACACACUAAAAUCUGUCCAGCAUGGAACUACAUCGAACCAUAUCUUGUUUGUGGUGCUAACUUUUUGACAAAUCCGAAUAUAAUGGGUGCUGUUCAAUUAGACAUCAUUUUACAAGGAAAUAAUGCCCAUCUCUCUGUGCGGCCAGUGCGUGUGUGCCUCCCACCAUUGACACUGAAAGAUUUAGUGAAGCGGAAGCAAAAUUUAACACCAGUCCCUGGUGAAUUUAUCUAUGAUUUUUCAAUGAGUGGUAAAAAAAUUUUUGUUCUACCGAGAAUGACCGAGGCCAGGAUUGAGACAGUAAGCAGCAAAAUGCCCCCAUCCGACGAUAAUUCAAGUUACGAGAAGCUGAGGGAGUUCUGGUUCAAUAAGCAUGGCUACAUUUUGCCUGAAACAGAGGAAGGCCUCUUUUACGUCGCUGUUCGAUUUGGUUACGGCUCCUCCAUGAAACCCUUAACAUACCCAAGUCUGUGCGUAAAGCAAAGGCCCUUGAUUGUCGUCCAGCCUUUUGACCUUGAUGAAGUUCUCAAGAUUUUUGCGUUUGAUCUCAAUCAAAAGCUGCCAGGUCUUUGUGUAACCCCCCCUGGUUUUCCUUCAUUGCGGCUGAAUCCAGCAAUAGAGACUCUUUCUUGUCCAAAUUUGUCAUCGCAUCCACAAGUUGCUAAAAAUGCUGAGGAAAAAGUUGAAGAAUCUUUAGCAGAGUUUGAAGCUGGUCCAAGUCAUUCAGUGGAAUUACAGAUAAGCGAAAUCUCUGAUGCAGCCUCCUCUUCCAGCGUCUACAACAACCUUGUUCACGAGUUGCAAACAGGCACGUCCUCAGCUCAUAGUACCCCUCUCGUUCCAAUGGGAAGCGCAUCCAAUGCUCUUUCAAUUGCCCACCUCCAAGCAUCCAAUGCCCAAAUUACAACACUGAACCCAGGACUCAAUCAUAAUCAUAGCCAGACUCCGACCAUGAAACGUCCCGCACACUUUGUACAUGCUCUGUUGCCGUCGGUAAGUAACCUUACAAUCCAAUCAGCUGAACGAACAGUGCAUGGCUUCCUGUUCCCCGAUGCCAGUUCAUGGUUUUUAGAAUCAGCCGAAUAA